AUGGAAGCUGAAGAAAUGAUGGAAUGUACCCAGGAAUUCCCUGAACACUAUAAAGUUAUUUUGGAUAGACUGAAUGAACAACGGGAGCAGGACCAGUUUACGGAUAUCACUCUGAUUGUCGAUGGUCACCAUUUCAAAGCUCAUAAGGCUGUUCUUGCUGCCUGUAGCCAGUUCUUCUACAAAUUCUUCCAAGACUUCACUCAGGAGCCCUUGGUGGAGAUUGAAGGUGUAAGUAACAUGGCAUUUCGUCACCUAAUUGAGUUCACCUAUACAGCAAAAUUAAUGGUCCAAGGUGAGGAAGAAGCAAAUGAUGUUUGGAAAGCAGCUGAGUAUCUACAGAUGUUAGAAGCAAUCAAAGCACUUGAAAUCAGGAACAAAGAAAAUUCAUCACCCUUAGAAUCAAAUCAAACACAAGAUAAAAAUAAACCGAAAAAGAGGAAGAUAGCUGAAACCUCCAACGUUAUCACAGAAACACUGCCAUCUGCAGAAUCGGAGCCUGUUGAAAUUGAGGUUGAGAUUGCAGAGGGGACAAUUGAAGUCGAAGAUGAUAGCAUCGAAACGCUUGAAGUAGCUUCUGCAGAGCAAUCUAUAAAGUACAUACAGAGAACGGGUACAUCGGAUGAAUCUGCUUUGGCUCUU